AUGGACGUUUUUGUUGAUGGUGAAUUGGAGUCUCUCUUGGGGAUGUUCAACUUUGAUCAAUGUUCAUCGUCUAAGGAAGAGAGACCGCGAGAUGAUGUGCCUGGCCUCUCCAGCCUUUACAACGAUCAUCUUCAUCAUCACCAAAACAAUGUCUUUUCUUCUGAUCAUCACGCUUUCUUGAUUCCUGAUAUUUUCCCAUUCGGUGGAAUGCCGGGAGGGAAUCUUCCGACCAUGCUUGAUUCUUGGGAUGAUCAAAAUCACCUCCAAGAAACGGCAACUCUUAAGAGGAAACUACUUAACGUAGAGAAUCUACACGAAACUAAUUCUAAUUGUGACGUCACAAGACAAGAGCUUGCAAAAACCAAGAAAAAGCAGAGGGUAAGCUCGGAAAGCAAUAUAAUCGACGAAAGCAACACUAAUUAUCGAGAUGGUCAGAGCCUAAGCAACAGUUCAGAUGAUGAGAAAGCUUCGGUCACAAGUAUUAAAGGCAAAACAAGAGCCACCAAAGGGACUGCUACAGAUCCUCAAAGCCUUUAUGCUCGGAAACGAAGAGAGAAGAUCAACGAAAGGCUCAAGACACUGCAAAACCUUGUACCGAACGGGACAAAAGUCGAUAUAAGCACCAUGCUUGAAGAGGCAGUCCAUUACGUGAAGUUCUUGCAGCUUCAAAUCAAGCUGUUGAGCUCAGAUGAUCUAUGGAUGUACGCGCCAUUGGCUUACAACGGACUCGACAUGGGAUUCCAACACAACCUUUUGGCUCGGCUUAUGUGA